AUGGUGUUGGGUAGUCCGCUCAGUAGGCCUGUGAUGUUGAUCAUAAGCGCGCGAAAUAUACUCUUUACAGAAUCACUACAAUGUUAUGAUUGCUACGAUUGUGAAGAUGAGGAGGAUCUCAACGAACUACAAAUCUGCGGCGAAUUUCCCAUAACACCAGCACCCGGGAAUGGCGUUAACUCAGAGAAUAUGACUGUAGUAGCAGGGAAUAACACUUUAAGUUCUGGUAAUACAACAACAGCCGCAACAAUAAGUAACUCAACCAAAGGUCCAAACUUCAAUGAAGACGGCAGCGAAGAGAAUAGCGAAGAUGAGGAUGAUGAAAGCGACGAUGAUGAGGAUGAUAAUGAACGGCGUUUGCGACCCAGCCGGCAGAUGUUCAGCAAUACGGGCGAUGCUGUGUGCUAUGUAGUAAAAUUGAAAGUCAACGACACCACCAUUACUAAACGUGGUUGCGCCACAUUUUUCUAUGACGAUGACACUUGUAGAUCCGUUUCUGCUGGCUUGGGCAUACAAAGUUGUCACCUAUGUGAAGUGGAUGGUUGCAAUAAGUACGCUGGUGAUGAUGACUAUUGGGGUGCUCUGUGGAAUGCUGGCGCAAAAAUUUUGUGUACACUUAUCAGUAAAAAAUAG